CGAAUAAUGCUUCUACGGUUAAAGGCCCUCGGACAAAUCUGCCAAAUUUUGCAUUUUGUGGUUAACUCUUCUGUGUGGCCGGGAGUUUCUCUUGUUAAAUCUAAUUUUAUCGUCUUAAGAAAUGGCAUUAAGGGGCACUCACAACUGUCCUAUAGAAAUUGAAGAUGUUGAAACCAUUAGCCCACCGAAAAAGAAGAAACGGAAAGUAGAAGAAAUUACUAUCAAAGAAGACGACAUCAUAUUUAUUGAAAACACAUCAGAAACACCUAAGGAAAGUAGGAAAAAGUUCAAGAAAGAAUCAAAGCGAAGAAAAACGUCCAAAGAUUACCAAUAUGCCUCUCAAAGAUCGGUGCGAGCGUUACAUGAAAAAUUUGCUAGCCUUGAAAAUCGUCUUGAGUCUUUGGAGACCUGUCUAGCAAGAGUGUCUCAGGUGUUCCUGGCCACAUCGCACGGAUUAGAUCCUUGCAAGGACGAAGAGGAAAGCAGUGGCUACAACGAACCAGCUUUAGAAGUGCAAAAUGAGGAAAAUAUAUGUGAAGAUGCAUCAGAAAAUGUAAAUGCCACUCCUGAACUAGAGUCCCCUUCGGACACUUUGACGAGUCACGAUGGAUUGGCUAGUGGUAAUGGAACUGAGAAUAAUGAACCAGCAGCUGUAGAUGAAAGUAUGCAGCAAAAUAACUGUCAGAAUGGUGCAAAGGUAAAUGAAUGUAGCCAGAUAACUGAAUUUGAGAGUAACAACACAGCAACCACUGUUGAAAAUGUACAACAUCGUAGCCGUCAGAAUAGUACUGAAGUUUCUGCCACUAAUGAAGUUAGCCAUUUAAAUAAUUUUGAGAGUAAUGAUGCAUCAUCUUCGAUUGACAAUAUUGGACAAAGAAACAAUCCAAAUGAUACAGAAGCUUUGGUCAUGAGUGAAGUCAGUCAUGUCAAUGAAUUUGAUAAUCAUGAACACUCUGCUACUAUCGAAAAUAUUCAACAAAUUAGUCAACUCAAUGAUGCAGAUACUUCUGUCAUAAAUCAAUCCAGCCAUUUUGAAACUUCUACUUCUGAACCACUCCAGGAGACAAGAGAACAAGUUCAAAGUACAAAUCACAAUGGAAAGAGUUCAGCAGAGCAUGGUGAUGGCCAACAUAGUCCCUUAAAUUUUGUGAUAAAAAGAGAAGUUGACCUUCAUCGGGAUGAUCAGGGAAGAGUUUUAAUGUUCUUGAGCUGUGCAUUCAAGAAAUUAUAUAAACCUGUGCCUGGUAUAGCAGCUACAUCAGGUGUUUACAUCGGAGAUGAGUUUCAAAAUGAAUAUAAUUUUGUUUCUAAUCGAAAAAUGGUAGAUGUGAAAACAGAGGCUGAAAUAAGAGCUGUGUUGUUCGGCAUUGAGUUAGUUAAAAGCCUUUAUAGAGAAGCAUCUGGUGCAGUGUGCUUGAUGGUAAUUUCUUCAUGUCAACCAUUGGUUAAACUAAUGAAAGAACGAGCAUUUUCCUUGGUAUACCCUAAAUUCUAUUCAUGUUCCUGCGACAUUGUGGAAUGUAACCAUUCAACAACACGAUGGAGUUCUACUCAUCCGACAUGGAGCAAUCAGCGUGAUUUACUUCCUCUGCUACUUAUGACAUUAAAGGGCUUGAAAGUUCACUGGUGCACUGUGGAUAGAAUCAGCGAUGAAGAAAAGAAAAUACUUGAAAGAUACUCUAUUGUUGUACAGGCAAGUUUGAAUGAACAUUUUGCUCAGCAUAAAAACAGACUUACCUAAUGAUAAACCUUGAAUCUUCUUUCUUUUAUAUUUGCCUUUAUUAUUUUAACUAGGGUUAUUAUUUGUAAAUUUACCAAAAGGUCAAGAGGGAGUGUACAUAUUCUUUUAUGUGUAAUUUUACCUAUUAAUUUAGAUUGUGCUCACUGUCUGUGAUAAAUUAAAUGUUCCUCCCUUUCGUUUCUUAUAUUGAAGGAACUGUGUUGUUCUGUGCUUAUGCAAUUGUUUUGCAUAGUAUUAAUUGAUACUCAAUUCCAGACUGAAAAGUGUAAAUGUAAAAAAGUGAAAAAGUAACAAGUGUAAAAAGUGAUAGUGUAAAAUCAGAUUUACACGCAACAAUCAAAUAAUUUUUCAAAAUGUUUGUCAAGGAAGAAGCUAAUCAAAUAAAAUUGUCCACUUGUGAGCAAGCA